UUUAGUAGUUUUGUAACGGUUGCACUGAGCUGGGACUGGACGAUCAGUAUUAAAGGAAGAAAAUCAGCAAAAAUGGGUACCAGCGCCUGUAAAAGACUUUGAUGAACCCUGGAGAGAGGUGGACUGGAGCUCCAAAGAACUCUUGAAAUCUGACUUAAGACAACUUCGGCUUAACCAUCCAGAAAUCAGCCAUUUCAGAAUACUGCUUCACGGACCAGUUGGAGCUGGAAAAUCCUGCUUUAUCAACUCCAUAAUGAGCGUAUUCAAAGGAAGAAUUGUAGACAAGGCAAAGGAGGAGUCAUCUGCAGGAAAGAGCUGCACAAAAACAUACAAGACUUUCAAAACCACUGAUGCAAAUUGCGUGGCUUUGCCAUUUGUCCUUAAUGACAUUAUGGGUUUGGAAGUUUCUGACGAAAAAGGAAUUCAUCCUGAAGACAUCAUUAAAGCAUUGCAUGGACAUGUAAAGGAAGGCUACAAGUUUAAUCCUACUUCUCCACUGACUGAGACAGACCCAGACUUUAAUGACCCCGGUCCAAAUGACAAAGUUCACUGUUUAGUGAGUGUAGUGUCUGCAAGUAGCAUUUCCCAAAUGGGAAAUGAGGUUAUUCAGAAGAUGAAAAUGGUGCGGAUGGCUGCACUCAGAAUGAAUAUCCCUCAUGUGGUUGUGAUGACAAAGAUUGAUGCUAUUCUCUGCUCACGGGAUAAAAAUAAUCUUAGUGAGGUUUACAAAAGCAGGAAAAUCAAAGAAAAGAUGUCUGAAUGCAGUCACAGACUUGGUCCACCAAUGAAGUACAUCUUCCCAGUGAGCAACUAUUAUGAGGAAACGAAAACAAAUGACAAGAAAGAUGUACUUAUUCUGAUGGCAUUAAAGUCAAUUGCAGGAUUUGUUCAAGAUUACAUCGAAGACAUCUGAGUUACCUGCUAAAGCAUUCCAUUUACCUUAUUUACUUAAUUAUAAAUUACUAAGGCAAUUCAUAAAUCUUUGACCAACUAACUAUAUAAUAAUCUAUUCAUUAAUGACAGUCAACGGUGUUGCAGUUUUUUAUUUGUUUAUUAUUAUUAUUAUUAUUAAUAUUAUUAUUAUUAAUACUAAUAUUAUUAUUAUUAAUAUUAUUAUGUUGAGCAGUUACUGGUUAUUCUGUUUAUUUAGCUUGCUCAUUAUCCAGUAGUGCAUAAAAUAGCAUUUUAUCCAGUACAUAUCAAUAUUUUGUAGCUCACACUACUGCUCAAUAGUUUGGUAUCACUUACAGAUGUCGGCAUUAAGAAUGUGUGUUUUGCGAGAUGCCACAAUUUGGCGUGUGGCAUGCCGUUACUUGCCACAAGCAACAUUUGGGAAUUUAAAUAAAUGUUUUGUGCUUCACUGAACAUCUGCCAGAUGGCUCAUGGAAGAACUUUAUCUAAAAGCCGGACCAAGUACAACGAUGAAUUGAGCCUAAAACAAUAUUGUUUCCAAUGUUGAGGCAAACAUGAAUUUUAUUUUGUUUUACAACAGAUAUUUCAUAAUGAACGUGUGUAUAUGUGCUUCAUAUUAUUUUCAUAAUGAUGGAAUGAGAUGCCCGAAUUUGUGCUUUAAAAGUUUCUUAUAUAGUUUUUGUAAUUUCUUAACACUGACAAAACAAUGAAAGAUAUGGCAAUAAAUGGUAUUGGUGUAAAUGGUAUUAAAAUAUAUUUAAUUUCCUGAUAAUAUGCUAUCUGAUGAGCAAGAGAGUGAGGGAGAGCGACACGCAUAGUUUAUCGCGCGCUCUCGGGUUAAAGUGCACAAAGCACAAACUCUACUCUCUCUUUCUUUCUAUAAAUCCUCGGUAAAGGCAUAAGCCCCGAGAACAUCUUUAGUUUUUUGUUUUAGUUUCCAGAAUCCUGUCCGUUCUCGUGUAGACGGCGGAGCUCUGUUUAUUUUUUGUUUUCAGUUUUCGUUUGGUUUCCUUGUAA